CUCAGCUUUGUUCAACCCAUACUGCAGACAUGGACAGACUUGUUGCACCCAGCCUCAGUCAGCUUACAAAGACCCAGUCCUGCUUCUAAUCUAUUUCCUCAAAACUCUAUUCCUGCAUUCCCAACAGCUCCUCCUGCCCUGCUAUCUACCGCAUGUCAGUACCCUGUUCCCACUCGCUGCACCUAUCCUGCCUUUAACCCUGUAGCAACUGCUCCCUCUCCUGUUCCAUCCUCCAGCUCUUCUCUGUCUCCAGCUGCUCCAUUCAACCUGCCUUCCGUGGUUCAGCCUGGUGCCUCUCUUCAGCCUGAUGCCUCUCUACUCGGCCUGAAUGCCUCUCCUCGGCCUCUACUCAGCCAGAUGCCAUUCUCUCCUCGGCCUGAAGCCUCUACUCGGCCUGAAGCCUCUACUCGGCCUGAAGCCUCUACUCAGCCGGACGCCGGCAUUCAGCCUGAUGCCUCUACCCAGCAUGAUGAACUGAUCCAGCCUGACGAUCCAAUGCCUGGUGACCCAGUGCCCGCUGUCAUACCUGGUGACCCGAUGCCCGCUGCUGUCGAGCCAGACAAUCCGGUACCUGAUGACCCGGUGCUCACUGUCGUGCCUGUUGACUCGGAGCCCACUGCCUUGCCAGAUGACGCGGUGCCCGCUGUCGAGCCAAAUGACCUGAUGCCUGGUGACCCGAUGCCCGCUGUCCAGUCAGACGAUCCAAUGUCUGACCCAGUGCCCGCGGUCAUACCAGUUGACUCGGAGCCCACUGCCUUGCCAGAUGAC